AAAUUAUAGUUUGGACGUGCUUAAACAUUUAAAGUAUUGGAUUUAUAUGUUUGAAUUUUCAUGUCCUAAGCUGACAGAAAUUGGAGUCAUAGAGAAAAAAAGAUGGCUUUUCGAAAGUUUCAUGCAGUUAGUUCCUUUCUUAACAGAGAUGAAUACAUCAGCAAAGUUAUAUCCAUUUUAAAUGAUUCUACUAGAUUUAUAAUCGACAACACCCAGAAAGACUUAACAAAUGCAACUGAGAAGCGUCUCUUAAAAAAAUUGAUAGAACUGUUGAAGAAAAGUCUAAUAGAUAACCAUACAUAUAACGAACUCAAAACAAAAGAAUCACAAUUACCAUACUUAUACGGUCUACCCAAAAUACACAAAACCGACAUCCUGAUGAGACCAAUAAUAUCUAUGACCAAAUCACCCUUUCAUAAACUCACCCGCUGGCUGACAAGGUGCUUGGAACCAAUCCGCAAGAAACUAGCACCCUAUAGCCUGAAAGAUAGUUUUGAAUUUGUACAAAAACUUGAUAAUAUAAAUGCUUCUGAUAAAUUCAUGGUCUUAUUUGACGUCUCAUCGCUUUUCACAAAUAUACCCUUAGAUGAAACGGCAGAAAUCCUAGGUGAAUAUUCUGAACUUUUACCUUUACCAAUCCAUGAAUUCAAACAGCUCCUGUUUCUGUGUACAAAGAACAUACAACUCAAAUUCAACAAUGUAUUCUACCGUCAAAUUGAUGGAGUAGCCAUGGGUUGCCCUUUGGGUCCAAUUCUGGCCGACAUAUUUAUGGGAAACCUCGAACACAAGAAGCCUAAGCAUGCCAUCGAUAGUACCACACUAUACUGUAUAUACGUGGAUGACACUUUUCUUGUAUGCAACACUCCAUCAAUCUGCUCAGUUUGUUUAAUAAAGCACACAAGGAUAUAGAAUUUACCAUGGAACAUGAAGUCGAAGAUAAAUUCCAUUUCCUAGAUAUUGGAAUUAGACAAACACCAAUGGGUACAUUACAAAGAUACGUUCAUCAUAAAAACACUUGGAGUGCACUAUAUCUCAAUUACUACCUGCAUUAAUAUUUGUUCUGUCUUUAUUUAA